UAUCCAAACUUUAUAAAUACACCUUCAUUCUUCAAACUUUCUUCACUCCUAUUUCUCUAUUCUUUUUCUCACUCCACCAUUGCAUGUGGAUUGUGAUAUACAACUAAGAUCAAUUUAGAUUUUUCAAGCUAUGGCCGGAGGAGGUUUCGCCACCAGUGCAGGCGGCGGCGAGUUCGAAGCCAAGAUAACUCCGAUCGUUAUUAUUUCAUGUAUCAUGGCUGCCACCGGGGGUCUCAUGUUCGGUUACGACGUCGGUGUUUCAGGUGGUGUGACAUCUAUGCCACCAUUUUUGAAGAAAUUCUUCCCUGCUGUAUACAAAAAGACAGUGUUGGAGAAAGAGAUUAACAGUAACUACUGCAAAUAUGACAACCAGGGACUUCAACUUUUUACAUCGUCUCUGUAUUUAGCCGGUUUAACAUCAACUUUCUUUGCUUCCUAUACAACUAGGACUUUGGGAAGAAGACUCACCAUGUUGAUUGCUGGUAUUUUCUUCAUUGCUGGAGUUAUCUUCAAUGCUGCUGCUCAAAAUCUUGCCAUGCUUAUCGUUGGGAGAAUCUUACUUGGUUGUGGUGUUGGUUUUGCUAAUCAGGCUGUGCCAGUGUUUCUUUCUGAAAUUGCUCCUUCAAGAAUACGUGGUGCUUUGAAUAUACUUUUCCAACUUAAUGUCACUAUUGGCAUUUUGUUUGCUAAUCUUGUUAAUUAUGGCACCAACAAAAUCGAAGGUGGUUGGGGAUGGAGACUAUCUCUUGGUUUGGCCGGGAUCCCGGCGCUUCUCCUGACGGUUGGCGCCCUCUUGGUUGUAGACACUCCCAACAGUCUCAUUGAGCGCGGUCGCUUGGAUGAAGGAAAAGCUGUACUCAAAAAGAUUCGUGGUACUGAUAAUGUUGAACCAGAGUUCUUAGAACUUGUCGAGGCAAGUCGCGUUGCUAAAGAGGUUAAACACCCUUUUAGGAACCUUCUCAAGCGCAGGAACCGUCCUCAACUCGUCAUUUCUAUCGCCUUGCAAAUAUUCCAACAAUUCACUGGCAUCAACGCGAUCAUGUUUUACGCGCCGGUGUUAUUCAACACGUUAGGAUUUAAGAAUGAUGCUUCACUCUAUUCCGCUGUGAUAACCGGAGCUGUCAACGUGCUCUCUACAAUUGUGUCUAUUUACACGGUCGACAAACUUGGUCGUCGCAUGUUGUUAUUAGAAGCCGGUGUGCAAAUGUUCUUCUCUCAAUUGAUCAUUGCAAUCCUUCUUGGAAUCAAAGUAACAGAUCAUUCCUCGGAUCUUUCAAAAGGCUAUGCAAUCUUUGUUGUCAUCAUGGUAUGCACAUUUGUGUCUGCUUUUGCUUGGUCUUGGGGUCCACUUGGUUGGCUUAUACCAAGUGAGACAUUUCCAUUGGAGACACGUUCGGCUGGACAAAGUGUAACUGUUUGUGUCAACUUGCUUUUCACCUUUGUAAUUGCUCAAGCUUUUCUGUCCAUGUUGUGCCAUUUCAAGUUUGGCAUAUUCUUGUUCUUCUCUAGCUGGGUUUUGGUUAUGUCUGCUUUUGUGUUUUUCUUGGUGCCUGAGACGAAGAACAUACCAAUUGAAGAAAUGACAGAGAGAGUGUGGAAGCAGCAUUGGUUUUGGAAGAAGUUUAUUGAAGAUGAUUAUGAUAAUGUGGAUUAUCCUAAGAAGAAUAAAAGUAAUGGAUAUGAUUCUCAGUUGUAAAUGGAUGGGAUCAGGAAAAUAACAAAUGAGUAUUUUUAGUCUCUAUAGAAUACUUAUACUUAUUUUAAGUCAGACAUUGUAAUCAGAAAUCAAAUAUCCUGUUUUGUAAGCAUAAUAAGCUAUAUCCAGGAAUCCUCUGUUAGUUUUUUUUUUGUGAAAAGUUUGUUCAAAAAUUUUGUGUAUGGAAGAAAUAAUAUGGAUUCUUUUGCUGCUUACAGAAGGCUAUAAUGUGUGGUUUAUGUUGUAUGAAUCUAUGCUAUAUUUUGUUGUUUUA